AUGUCUACAUUGUGUCAAAAAUAUCACGUUGCUCUGACAAAAGGAAUUAUUCCUAAAUUCUCGGCUGCCAAUAAUAUGUGGCUGGGUGAUGUUCCAGCUGAAUUACAAGAUUUGACGAUUCCAGAAGAAAAAUUAAUUUCACUUUAUCGUCACAACAGCUGUGUAAUAAAACUUCAUUCACCUUUUCAUUCAACUACAACUGCUCAAACAGCAUUAAAGGGUAACUGCAUUACCUUUCUUCAGAAUGUACCAGAUAUUGUCAAUAGUUUACCACUUCAACUUGAAGAUCUAUGUGACACACUUAAAGUGAUUUUCAUUGGAGCACAUUCCCCUGAACGUAUUCAACUUAAAAAAGUACUGACAGUACGUAAGAAAAAAAUUAUUAAAGCUUUACAAUGGCUGAAGAAAUAUAAUGUUCUUUAUCAACACAUCGAUAUAAAUCUGAAGAAUAUUGAUGCAUUACCUGAAGACAAUGUACCAGAAUGUAUUAUGUCAACGAUGGAACAAAAAUUAAGUGAUGAAGAAGUUUCAUCUGAAAGAGUUGGAUAUAUUCCUGAUCCAUUAUCAAAUCCUACAGAAUACACCACUUCAGACACUAUUCCAAUUAAUAACAGUGGUGUUCUCGACGUGAAUGGAUCUACAGUAUCUUCAAAUGAAAUUGCUAAUUAUAUUUUACGCAAAAUGAAAAAUAAUGAAAUAACAGAUCAGAAGGAUCAUGAAAAUAUUUAUUUGAUUCCACAUUCUUCGAAGCCUGUUAAUGAAUACUUUAAUCCAAAACUUCUAGUAGGCUUGUAUCCUACGUUGUUCUGCUAUGGCCGUGGAUCACCUGAAGAUCAAACCCGUCCAGUGAAGAUACAGUUACGAGAACAUAUACGUUACUUAUUAUCUUACAACGAUCGACGUUUUGAAAAAAGUCACAGCUUCAUAUUUGUAGUUUUCAAUUUGUUACAACGACGUGAUGCUUGCUUUCAUGCCCAACUGAUCGCAACGAAACCUUAUUUUCGAGCAACUGCCGAUGAAAUUCAAUCCUUGAAGAGUAAAGAUAUUGAAAUCGCUCUUGAUAAUAUUUCCAAGAAAGCAUACCAUUCAGAAUCAAAUAAUACAUUGAACAAACUAUUGCGUCAUAUUAAAACCAUCGGUGGUCGGGUUAUGGGUUUGGCAUAUUCACGUACGGCCUUACGUACCCGUAUUCAUGCAUUGAUCUAUAAUCAAGGAUUACCCAGCAUUUUUCUAACUUUGAAUCCAGCUGAUAUCCACAGUCCUGUAGCAUUAUAUUUUGCGGGUGUCCCGUUCGAUCUCGACAACAUUCAAAUGGAUCAACUUAUGGAUACUUACAAAAGAGCGGAAAUUAUAGCUUCUCAUCCUGUUGCCACCGCUAAAUUUUUCCAUUUAUUGAUCACCAAUAUCUUGGAUACUAUGAUUGUUGGUGGUGUUCUCGGUCCAGUAAAGGCAUACUUUGGUAUUGUUGAAAGUCAAGGACGCGGUUCUCUUCAUUUGCAUCUUCUUAUUUGGCUUGACCAUGACAUGAAACCAGCUGAUAUGAAAGAGAAAAUUCAAAAUGCUGAUUUUCGUGAAAAAUUGAAAGCAUAUUUAGAAGACAUCAUCAAAGAAGACUUAGAUGAAUUCAAAGAGAAAUAUGUCUUCGAAAAUUCAGAUGUACCAAGAUUAUGGAACACGCCACCGCGAUUAUCCCGGGAUAACAUAUAUGCCGCUUUAAGUACUAUGGAUCUGACAGGUUUAAAACAAAAUAUAUGUGAAUCCAGUA